AUGAUGUUUAGGAAAUUGUUUGUCGCGAAAAAUGCAAUUUUUCUCGCCAAUUUAAGGCAAAAAUAUUUACUCAGUGAAUAUGUCAAUCACCAAAGGACACGCUUUAUUAGUUCUUCUAUCCAAAGCAGUGAUAUUUGGGAAAAUGAAGCGUUUGCCAUGUAUUUGGAGGGUAUCCGGAAGGAAUAUUCUGACCUGCAGCAAACAAGUGGAAUGAAAGGAAAUCGCUGGCAUGAACUCUCAAAGAUGUGCACGAUUAUUGAGAGACGAAACAAGGUGAUAGAAAACCUAACAACACUUAGGAAAAUAGCACAGGAGGAAAAAGACAAAGACUUCAAAGCAAUGGCAGCUGAAGAGGAAGUUGAAUUGAAGGGUGUUUUGCAGAAUAUUCACGAAGAAUUGCUAGAGACAAUUGUAACAGCCUCAGAGGGAGGAUAUUAUCAAUCGAUUGUGAUGGAAGUAACUGCUGGAGUUGGAGGAAAAGAAGCUAUGCUGUUUACUAGAGAUUUGUACAGUAUGUACAGAAAUUAUUGUGAUUUCAAGGGAUGGUACACUGAAGUUCUAGAGGAGGAUCAUAUGGAAAUUGGUGGAAUUCGGCAUGCCAGUCUGUGUAUCACAGGAGAAGAUGCCUUUCAGUGCCUGAAACACGAAGGUGGUGUCCAUCGUGUCCAGAGGAUUCCUGUCACUGAAAAAUCUGGUCGAGUACAUACUAGUACUGCCUCAGUGGCCAUCAUUCCCCGUCCGGAUGACGUGACUGUAACACUGAAUAGUAAAGAUCUCAGAAUUGAGACAAAGAGAGCAUCGGGAGCUGGUGGUCAGCAUGUAAAUACAACGGAUAGUGCUGUAAGAAUCACCCACAUUCCCACUGGACUGCAAGUUGAAUGUCAAACAGAUCGGAGUCAGAUAAAAAACCGUGAACUCGCCCUAAAGAAACUCCAGGCACGUCUCUAUGAAUCCGAAAUUAAUGCACAGAUGGCUUCAACUCAAAACCUGAGAAGCAGUCAGGUGGGAAUGAGUAUGCGGAAUGAGAAGAUCCGCACAUACAACUUCAAUCAAGACAGAGUAACGGAUCACAGGAUUGAAGAUGGGACUGUGCACAAUCUGAAAGGUAUCCUCGAAGGGAGAGAAAUCCUCGACGAUUUCCUCGACAAUUUGAGAGAGAAAAGCCACAAAAAGAAUUUAAUGGAGUUUAUUAGAAGAUUUAAGGACUAAAAAAAAUUAUAGAGAAUUAUUGAUUUAAUAAAAUUUCAUUUAAUUAA